AUGAAUUUGGAGGAUUUUGCUGUGAAACAUUGUCCUCCGAGCAUUUAUUAUGUACCAGACUUUAUUACCAUCGAGGAAGAAGCUGCUAUACUACAGGCAGUUGAUAACACCCCUAAACCACGAUGGACCCAAUUAUCUAAUCGACGAUUGAUAAAUUAUGGAGGUGUUCCUCAUCCGAAGGGCAUGAUAGCUGAAAGCAUUCCAACAUGGUUAAAUUACUAUGUUGAUUGUAUUAACCACCUAAACGUGUACCAGGAUGGAAAACAAGCAAACCAUGUGCUCGUCAACGAGUAUUUACCGGGUCAGGGAAUAAUGCCUCAUCUAGAUGGGCCUCUGUUUUUUCCUACCAUCACAACAAUUUCAUGUGGUUCUCAUACGAUACUAGAGUACUAUGAUCAAAUCGAAAAUAAGACUGCAGAUACCAGUAGCUCAUUAACUCGGCAGCAGACAACAAAAAUUUUUCUGGAGCCGCGCAGUUUACUGAUUGUAAAGGAUGACAUGUAUCAUAGAUAUCUGCAUUCUAUAGGAAAUUUAGAAUAUGAUCUAAUUGAUGAUGAAAUAGCAAAUUUGUCACUUGUAAAAAACGUUAACAUCGGCGAUAUUUUGCCCCGUAAAACUAGAAUAUCCUUAACAAUCCGCCAUGUGCCAAAAACAAGUAAAAUGAAAAUAAAAUUAACUUAGCGCUAAUUUGUAUCGAUCAAGUGAA